UAACAUGCAUGUAUGUUUGUGCGUUCAGUUUAAUUACUAAAAUAAAUGACGCGACUGACUUUCUUUGAUUAAUUCAAUAGCAAGUAGUUAAUGUAACCAAACCUAUCAGUUCAUCAGGCCGCCUGAAAAAUGGGACCGUGCAUACUCGAAAGACUUACUAGACCGUAAUUAAGGUUAUUAAACUAUACAUUUAAAAUGAAAUAAAUCAAAUUAGUAACACAAUUGUAUUCAAAUUCAAUGGACGGUAGUUCAACAUUCAAAGCUUAAUUAUGGCAAUAUAAUAAACCCUCUUACCAAAUUAAAAUAAAUCAAACAAAAAACUUAUGGAGAUGAGUGAUUUUGGCACCGACGUGAAUUUGACUAAAUUACGAGAGGGAGACUUGGUCACGAAGGUGUUAAUAAGCAUGUAAGAAAGAGAAACAAUCGUCGUUGACCAUUGACCCAAAACUUGGUCAUAUAUAAAAAUAUCUAAACCGCCCACUAUAUCGCUAGGUUCUUUGCUUUUUCAGACGUACACAACAAGAAAUAACUUAAUCAAAACGCAACCCUAUUUCUAUUUUUCCUUUUCUAUCUUUUCCUUAUAUGCAUUCAAGAGUUCGAUCAAGAAGAACAAACUUACCAUGAACAGAUUAGUGAUAAUGGCUCCGGAAUCUCCUGUUUUCUUCCCGUCUCCGCUUGUUUUUUCUCCAACAUCGGUCAAAACGCCGUCGUCUUCACCACGUUCAACACCGCAGAAGCUGACAAUGGUAGCGUGUCCUUCAAGGAAGGCCAAAGAGACGACUUCGUGUCCUGGCUCCGACACCGUGUUGAAAAGAAAAAGACCACCGAUGCUUGACCUAAAGUUGCCUCCGGCGGUUGCAUCGUGGUGUAGUACGACGGUGAAGACGCCGGGAAAAGCGGAUGAGGUUGUCGAAGUAGAAGAAGAUGGAGUUUACUCUGUUUAUUGCAAGAGAGGAAGACGUGGACCAAUAGAAGAUCGGUACGUCGCGGCGGUUGAGCCCGACGAAAGAGUACGUAAAAAGGCUUUCUUCGGCGUUUUUGACGGCCACGGCGGAUCCAAAGCGGCGGAGUUCGCGGCCAAGAAUCUCGGUAGCAACAUUGACGCGGCGAUGGCGGCAGCGAGGUCAGGAGAAGAAGGUUACUCGACUGAGAGAGCCAUAAGAGACGGUUACAUCAAAACUGAUGAGGAUUUCUUGAAAGAAGGCUCGAGAGGUGGCGCGUGUUGUGUAACCGCUCUUAUAUCGGAAGGUGAGCUUGCGGUUUCGAAUGCAGGAGAUUGCCGGGCGGUUAUAAGCCGUGGUGGGGUCGCGGAAGCUCUUACUACCGAUCACAAUCCUGGUCAAGCAGAUGAGCUCAAACGGAUUGAAGCAUUGGGUGGUUAUGUUGACUGCUGCAACGGCGUGUGGAGAAUUCAAGGAACAUUAGCCGUCUCACGAGGAAUUGGAGACCGGUAUCUCAAGGAGUGGGUAAUAGCUGAACCGGAAACAAAAACAUUACGGAUUAAACCGGAAUUUGAGUUCUUGAUCUUAGCAUCUGACGGCCUUUGGGAUAAGGUAACGAACCAGGAGGCGGUUGAUGUGGUUCGACCGUACUGCGUAGAUGUGGAGAAUCCAAAGACACUCUCUGCUUGCCAGAAACUAGUCGAGCUAUCCUGUAAGAGAGGGUCCUUGGAUGAUAUUAGUCUAAUCAUAAUUCAGCUACAAAAGUUUGUGGCAUGAUUCAUUAAACAUCUAGUAUUAAGCUAAACUUGAUUAAAUUCGUUAGGUCUUAAGUUAUUGAAAUUUUUUGUCGGUAUUUACAUGUAAAUAUAAAUUUCAAACAUUAUUAACUAAUAUUAUUAUUA